AACCCACUAGUUCGUUUUUGAAGUGGUUCUCUGGUCCCUGCCCUUUCCAGUCCACUCACAGUCCCAAAUCUCCAAGAAUUUGUUUAGAAGGUAUGGAACCAGAUCCCUUGGUAUGGAGGGUAAGUAUGGCUAAUAGGGGGAGACCAGGACUGGACUCGGGUCAUCACUGGGUAUCACUGCUCAUCCACCUCAGGCCUGGCCUGUGAGCUGGACUUAUGAUAGUUCCUGCCUGUGUGUCUGGGUCCAGUGGGGAUUACAGGAGCUUUAUCCAGCCAAUAGGUUAGGAACUUGCUCUGUUCCUCACUGGGCCUGGAUGGUGCUGAGAGACACAGUAUGGCCAAGGCAACCCUGGACCCUGCCCAUCCAGGGCUCCCAGGCCACAAGUAACACGGACCUGUCAUCAAAUGGUGAUAGCACCUAGUGGUUAGCUAUGAGAGCCUAGGGUGGUGGUGGUGGUGGUGGUGGUGAGGGCUUCCUAGAGAAGGGAAAAUAUUUUAAAAUAGGAGUGAGCCAGGUUAAAGGACAUUCUGAUUGCAUUCCCACAGCCCAUCAUCCCCAGCAGUUUGAGUCAUUUCUUCAUUCCCUCUGGACAGCCUGUGUUCCUGGCCCUUUGUGAGGGGCAAUGCUGGAGCACAGGAAUAGCCAGUUCAGCUCCAUCCCUUCCCUCACAGGAAGUAUCGCAGCGUGUGGAAGGGACACAGGCUACAAAAAGGAGAAGGGCCAAAUCGUUUUGAGGUCAGGGUGGGACAUCUAAACAUAAGGAGCGGCAGUUGGUGGCUGGUUAGACUAAAAGACGCUAGAGUAAGUGCCCACUCUCCCUGCUAAGCAAGGGCCUCUAGCCUGGGAAUUCUUACCAACUCUGGUCUAUGUGUUGAGCAACAGCUCCCUCUGCUGGCCUCCAUACAUUUAAGUGUAUCCAGCUAUCUGUGUGGGAUAUGUGCUGGGAAUGCAAACUGCUCCUGGCCAGUGUCUAGAUAACUGCACCAGCCUCCUCACAGAUGUCCCUUCCCCUGAAACCCCUUGCCCUAUCCCCACAGGAUAUAAAGGAGCUCAAGCUACUUAAUAUGGCUUAUGAGGCCCCAUACCUGGCCCCUGGUGACCUCACCGUCUUCAUCUUUUGCUGCUCCCCCUUUGCACUUCAGAUAAGUGAUUUGGGGGGAGUCAAGUCCCUUGAAUCUAUAAAUGCCAUGAUCCAAAUUCACAUGUAUGUGGAAUUUUGCAUAAAGAUACAUGAGGUUCUCAAUUCUCUGCCGCCCAAUCAAGGCCUUCAAGUUAGAACUUAUUCCCAUUCCAUAUGAAGCCUUUACAGCAACCAGAACUAUCCAUGGGUGUGCUCUCUAGAUCUUUGGCUUCACCCAUCCCCCUACCUAAACCCUUCCCUACCGCCCUUCCUCUUGUCCUAAAUCAUCUUUCAGGUCUCAACUGGGGCAUCUCAUCCUCCCAAAAGAAGCCUUCCCUGGGCCUCCAGAAUGGGUGGCAGCUCCCUUAUCCCCCUCAGUCCAUUAGAGCCCUGAACAUUCAGGACGGUCACUGGUGACAUGUCUACUACCUAAGGCAAAGCAGUUUCCUAAGGCCACGUUUUUCUCCACAUCUGCAGAUUGUCCCAGCCCUCACCACCCAGCUCAUGCUAACCGGAGACCGGGUGUGAUGACAGAGCAAGAGACAAGGCUUAGUAAAUAUUCUUUGAAAUGGUGAAAAGAUAAAAGGAAAGGCUGGCGUUUAAACUAGACCACAAACCCUUUGAGGCCCUGAAGGGUUUCUCAUUCAACCGAUCAUCCAUCCCAAAAUUAAGCAUGCGGGCUUUGGAGUCACUGCAGUGAACAGGUUGAACAUCUUCCUCCUGAUAUUCCAGUUCCGUAGCAGUUCAGAUUGGAGGUGGGGGGAACCAAGUGUUAGGCCUCUGACACGGGUGGCCUUUUCCUUCCUGGCUACGGAGAGUGAAACCUAAGUGAGACACGCAUGCGCAUAGAAAGGUCCGCCUUCUGCCCGGAACUUUGGUUCUGGGCGCAGCGGGGCAUCGGGACCCCAGCGAGUGUGCUCAGCCGGAAGUGGCCGUGGAGCCGAGUUGACGGUGCGGAGCCUACCACGGCGGUUAAAAAGCGUAGAAAAUCCGGAUGGAGGCUGUGGCGGCGGCGGCGGCGGCGACAGCAAGGGAACCUGAUGAAGGCUGCACAGAGCCCACUUCUGGGCACUGGGGGGAGCUGAGCUGGAUGCCAGUCCCAUCCAGACCCCUGGACAAGGUGGAAGCAGCAGAGGGCGUUCCAGAGGCCCUGGGCAAUGACACCUCUGGGACUGAGAAUGCAGCAGUGAGUGCUAUGCUGCAUGCCGUGGCUGCCAGCCACCUGCCUGUAUGCAGCCAGCAGCAAGGAGAGCCUGACCUGACCGAGCAGGAGAAGGUGGCCAUCCUGGGCCAGCUGUAUCACGAGAAGCCACUGGUGUUUCUAGAGCGUUUCCGCACAGGCCUCCGCGAGGAGCACCUGGCCUGCUUUGGCCACCUACGUGGUGAUCACCGUGCAGACUUCUACUGUGCGGAGGUAGCCCGGCAGGGCACCGCUCGGCCCCGCACCCUGCGUACACGCCUGCGUAACCGGCGCUACGCUGCCCUGCGUGAGCUCAUCCAAGAGGGCGAGUACUUCAGUGACGAGCAGAUGCGGUUCCGGGCUCCACUGCUGUAUGAGCAGUACAUCGGGCAGUACUUAACCCAGGAGGAGCUCAGUGCCCGCACCCCAGCCCACCAGCCACCCAAGCCCGGCUCCCCCGGCACACCCCCUUGCCCACUCUCCGACCUGCUGCUGCAAUCCUACCAGGAACAGGAACUGCAGCAACGGCUGCUCCAGCAGCAGGAGGAGGAGGAGGCCUGCCUGGAGGAGGAGGAAGAAGAGGAAGAGGACAGUGACAAGGAAGACCAGAGCCCUGGCAAAGAUUCGGAGGCCUGGGUUCCCGACUCUGAGGAGAGGCUGAUCCUGCGGGAAGAGUUCACCAGCCGGAUGCACCAGCGCUUCCUGGACGGCAAGGACGGGGACUUUGACUACAGCGCCGUGGAUGAUAACCCCGACUUCGACAACCUGGACAUUGUGGCCCGGGAUGAGGAAGAGAGGUACUUUGAUGAGGAGGAGCCUGAGGAUGCACCUAGCCCGGAGCUAGACGGGGACUGAUGGCCCGGCCACCCGCCCUGUCCACCCCCCACCCCCCAAACAAGGCAGCUGAUCAGUGGCUGGCUCAGAGACUUUCUCCAGGGACCCCCGUGAAGCUGCCUCAGA